AUGCGGAGGGUGCGAAGCCAAACGUAACCCCCUCAGUAAAGAAUUAAACGCGAUUCCGCGAAGUGCCCCCUAUAAAUGUUAACAUCUCGGGCAGCUGGUAGUGUACAUGUAUAUAUAGAUUAAAUUAUAUUUUUCUACGUUUUGAGUCGAGGAUAUAGAUGAAUUUUUUACGACACACACGUUCGACUGAGAGUGACAAUACGUCCGCAACGGUUCCCCGUGAGACAGCAGACAGAUCGAUAUAGUAGAAAGUUCGAAAUUUUUCUUUUGCUUCCACGGGAUUAGGUAGGCCCAACAGAGUCCAACUUUACCGAUGGGUAGAACAGAUAUGUCAAAAACGCUGAACGCUUAUAGAAUCAAAAAAAUAGAAAACAUUGGUAGAAUGACGGCCAUGACUCAGGAAGAAAUUGUGGCUGGUGCCAGGACUGUAGCACAAGGGCUGGAAGCCCUUCUUGUAGAACACGAAGGUCUUCUGCUAGGUCUACAGUCUCAAGAUGCACCAGCUGCAAGAGACAAAUCUAGCUUAUUAUCGAAAAACAUUGAGAUGAUAGAGUUGGGCCUUGGCGAAGCUGAGGUUAUGAUGGCACUGGCCAAUCAUUUGCAAAAGGUUGAGGCUGAGAAACAAAAGCUCAGAACACAAGUUAGAAGGCUGUGUCAAGAAAAUGCCUGGCUAAGGGACGAAUUGGCUGGAGUACAGCAGAAACUGCAAGCUAGUGAGCAGGCAGUGGCUGGAUUGGAAAUUGCUAACAAACAAUUAGAAUUCAUGGAAAGCAUGAGGCAAUAUGAUCAUGAUCCUUCUGUUGAUGACGAGACUUCUAAGGACAGACCGAAGGGUGAUCCUGUGGUUGAUCUGUUUGCUGAUGAUGAUGUGGAUGACCGAAACAGUAAGUCAAUAUCACCGACACCGCCAUCACAAUUUGCACAACAAGUGAACGCUGGAUACGAAAUACCUGCGCGCUUACGUACACUGCACAAUUUGGUUAUACAAUACGCAGGCCAAGGACGUUAUGAAGUUGCAGUACCUCUUUGUAAGCAAGCGCUGGAGGAUUUGGAGAAGACUUCCGGUCACGACCAUCCUGAUGUGGCCACAAUGUUGAACAUCCUCGCUUUAGUGUAUAGAGACCAAAAUAAAUACAAAGAGGCAGCGAAUUUGCUGAAUGACGCCUUGUCCAUUCGAGAAAAGACUCUAGGCGAAAACCAUCCUGCGGUUGCGGCUACGUUGAACAAUUUAGCUGUCUUAUACGGAAAACGAGGCAAAUACAAAGAGGCUGAGCCACUCUGCAAGCGUGCUCUUGCGAUCAGAGAAGUGGUCCUUGGGCGCGAUCACCCGGACGUUGCCAAACAGUUGAAUAACCUCGCAUUACUUUGCCAGAACCAGGCUAAAUACGAGGAAGUCCAGCGUUACUAUCAACGGGCGCUUGAAAUUUAUGAACUCAAACUUGGCCCGGACGAUCCAAAUGUUGCGAAAACGAAAAACAACUUGGCGUCCUGUUUCCUGAAACAAGGGAAAUACAAGGAGGCAGAAGUUCUGUACAAACAAGUGUUGACUAGAGCACACGAGAAAGAAUUUGGUGCUAUUGCUAGCGAUAAUAAACCAAUUUGGCAGGUCGCCGAGGAGAGAGAAGAGAAUAAGCAUAAAAAUAAAGGAAACGCUCCCUACGGAGAAUAUGGCGGUUGGCACAAAGCAGCCAAAGUAGACUCUCCUACGGUUACGACCACUUUGAAAAACCUCGGUGCGCUGUAUCGAAGACAAGGAAAGUACGAAGCUGCGGACACUCUGGAGGAUUGUGCUUUGAGGUCACGGAGGGAGCAGACAUUGGAGUUUGUGAAGCAAGGAAAGGUCGCGCAAAUUCUUGGGGAAGGAAAGGGCUCGACAAGACGCGGUUCGCGGUCCAGUCUAGCGAAUAACGAGCAAGAGCAACACGACGAGGACAAGAAGUUCUUCGUGCGUGCGCAAUAAAGGACACUACGCGAAAAGACGAUACGCGAGUCGAUAAGUUCGGAUGGCGUACAGGGCUCUGCAUUGUUUAGCACGCAAAAAGAAAACGACGAAACAAUUGUUCGAUGUCCGCUCCCUGUCUUGAUCGUUUAACCGUAAUACAGCACAUUCCAGCUGCUUUUAAAUCAGGCGCACCGUAAUGAAGUACUUCACGUUGCUCAAUUUCACCCGGUAACGAUUUUUACGGCCCGAUGUAAUUAUUCUGGGGAACAACGAGAGAAAUGGUUGCCAGGUAAAUUGGUCCACCCCGCUUCGAACUUACUGUUGUCUGAAUCAAAAUGGAUUGAAUAGCCGCAAACAACAGCACGGGAAAAAGAAGACAGGAGGAAGAGAAAGAAAUCCAAGCCAAUCGCGUAUUCAACGAGAAAGAAUCGAAGAAAAAAGAAGGAACAACGCAAGAGUGAAAGAAACUAUGAAAUCGCUGACCUAAAAAAGACCCUGAUGUGUUCAGUUCCUCUGCGCAUCGACACCAGAGUGUCAAGCAACACGUUUUUUCAGACAUUUGCAUGGACAUUACUAUUUUCCGUUGCUCAUACACGCUACGACCGAUGACGCGACAGGAAUCAUUCCACGAGCGAAGCUUUUUCCCAGUCGACGUUUAGGGGGAUGCCUCGAAAAUCGCUACGAACGAUGCAAUCUUGGAUCUUCAAAUUGCAGAUUAUUAGUCAAGUACACACAUCUGUGAACGUUUCUAAGAAAGAACUGGCAUCGAAUACAGAAAUUGUUUCUUUUUGUCGCGAGUCGUCGAGAUAAAUGGCGUUAGAUAUAAUUAUUAAUGAUUUGGUGUCGGUUCUCACGUUGCACUAUUGUCUAGCUGUUCACGUUACUAAACAUUCUAUUACACGCCAAUCUUCUUAUUGCAAUUGUUUUUCUCGCAAUCCUCGCGCCUUUUACUCGAUUUCUGUCUAGUUUAAUGAAACGUUUUGUGUAAAGGAACGAUUGUUUUGUUCUUGCUUGAAACUGGAACACGAUGUCUGAUACGGAAAAGCGAUUUCCGACGCAUAAAGGUUAACGGUUAGGGGAACGUUUGUAUGUCGCUUAGCGUAAAAUGUACUCUUUACAUGCACGUUAGGAUUACGCGAGUGUAUCAUUGUCAUUCAUCGAUAUCGAGGACUUUAUUCGAGUCAUAAUCACGACGGUAGGGAGAGAGUUUCUGUGUAUCAUCGUCAUUCAUCACCACUGAGGAUUUUAUUCGAGUCACGGAACACGUUAGAGGGGGAUUUUUUUUCUUCGAGUCCUGAACAUGGUAGAGGCAGAGUUUUUGCGUACCAUUGUAAUUGAUCGUCAUCGAGGACAUUGUUCGAGUCAUCAACACGGCAGGGGGAGAGUUUUUCUUUUCGUUCGUUCAACGGAGUGGAGGCUAACGCGUGGCUGGCAACGGAGAACCACACACGUUCGCCAGCGAUACUGAUUUCUUUGUCCUGUUAAGAUUCAUAUAAUUUUAGUAUUUAUAUACAUAUAAAUAUAUUAAUUAUAUAUUAUAUUAUACAUACUUAUAUAUAUAUAUAUAUAUUUAUGUAAUUGGAAUACGUAAUUUAUUUGUGCGAUUCGUUGAAUCGAGGAUACUGGCGUGAACACGGGACGGGUUUGUAUUAUAAAUCGCGGUGUUGUCGUGUCUUCAGUAGACAGACACGUUUUUACAGGCGCAUUUAUUCAGAUUAAUUUUUUCGAGGAAUUUGUUUUAUCGUUCAACGCGAGACAGAGAAUCCUUCGCAAUCGCGUUUCGUUUGCUUCUAAAAACCAAGGGACUUUAUAAGCGGCUGUGAGCGCAAGAAAUAUUCGUCUGAUAUUGUUUGACCGUUUCGUGGCCACGAUGAGGAUAUGCAGAUCGUUUCUGGAUUGAUCCGCGUUUCUAAUUUAGCGAAUUCGAUUUUUUCAUUGUGAUGGAUGAAGCGUCGCGAAGUCUCUGUUAUACCCCCGUUGCUUUCUUUUCUAGGCGAGUAUUCAUCAGAACAGUUGGAGUGUCCAAGCAAUUAAUCAUUAACUGUUUCAUCGUUACGGGCUACGGUUACUUUGCGUUAUCGGGAAGAUCGAGACUAUGAUCACUUAACGAGAAGCGCUGUAUGGUUGACAGUGGUAUCAGUAAUAGAAAAAACAUUUUCUAGAGAGAGAGAGAGAGAGAGGGGGGGGGAGAGAGAGAGGGAGAGGAACUAGUAUUUUUUCGUCAUUAUCAACCACAGUGAAUAAAUCCAAAGGGCAAAGUUUAACUAUUCCAUCACCAUCAUCAUCACCACUGGGCUAGCUUAGUUCAAAAGAUUAAGGGCGAUCUGACGCGAGUCAGAGCCGUUGCAUCAGCGAUUCACAGUCCCCUUUGGUUCGAAGCCAACGGUCUCAAAAUCUCGCCUGUUCGAUCCUUAACCGUUCGAUGUUUAAUCUUUACGCCCAUGUGUGCUCUCAUUACCCCCCUACAAACAUGCAUUUAUCGAUACACGCAUAUUCUGCGCCUGAGAGCUUGAUGGCCUAGAAUUGGAACUUUUGUUUUGGCUUCUAGCGCAAUCGAACGUCCGUUUCGUCCUUUGUUCACGAUGCUCGAGACACAGUGGCGCGGUUGAACGAGCGACAAUGAGCCGACAGCCGAGCUUUUUAUUAAUGCUCGACGUGAACGUUGCGUGCAGUUAGAUUAACGUUGUUUUACACGGGGAAUCGCACCGUGAAGGAUAUAUAAAUAUAUAUAUUUAUCUUCGUUUUUUAACAAAUUUUAAUUUUAAGAACCCAGCGAGAAGUUCGCUUUCGUUGCACGUACAGUUCCGACGGAACUGGGAUUCUCUAGUGCAAUUUUUAAUAAGUUUCGGUCCAGCGUUUGAUAUUAUAUUUAUUACACGUUUUACACACACCCCUUUCAGUGGUAAGGUAUCCGCGUUCCGUUACGGAUUUCGAACGUUGAUUUAUAUUCGUCCCCUCGUUUUUCUUUUGUUUCCUUUUCUUUUAAGUAAUUUACGUUAUAAAGAAGCCGUGGAUCCGCCAAUGAUCUAUGUUUCAUUGUCGAAGGAUAGACGAUGUGAUAACAGUGUUAGGAUAAGACUUAGCGUACCACGUACCGUCGAAUGUAGCCGUCGCUUUCCCAUAGAACGAGAAAACGUUAAGGUAUUGUAGCUCUCAGGUGCGAGUACUGUUACUUAGAUAACAUGUAAGUUUUUUUUGAUUUAUAAUAAAUAUUUCCAGUUGUAAUCCUUUGUUCGUCUUCCUCUAUCGCGCGGUGAAGGAAGUUCAUGCGACUGGACGUUACACACGAAGAAGAAGACAAAUCAUUUUCAAACAGAGAAAUCACAUCGCAUUGUACUCGUCGUCGGACAUUAUUAAAAUAUGCAUUGCUGUAACGUUUCUGUUUGAAUUCUCAUCCCCAUCAGUUGAUUUCUCGGAUCUUUUCAUCGCGACGCCCUUUGUGCCGCGUCGUUUCAUCCUCUCCUAUCCCUUUCCUCGCACACAGUUCAUCCAUUGAAUAAACUUUGUACGUUGUACGCCUGGAAAGAGACUGUCAGCGAAUUUCAUUCUCCCAAAUUGUAUUCGCCCGUUUCGAUGGGAAUUCUUUGUACAAGCAAAGGGUCAGUUCAACUGCGAUGCGAGAAACGAUAUCGUGACGUAACGGGAAGGCUACAAUUAAGUUCGCCAUGUCUUCCGACUUUAACGAAAGGUGUCCGCGUUCGCCGACACCUGUAUUUCGUGGAAAUCAAAAUUUAGAUCCUGCGGUCGAUGAAUCGCGACAGCACCGUAAUCUAAGAUUAACCGGCUAUUCUCGGUGCUAAAAACGCCGCUAUAAAUAUACCGACAGUUGUCCGUUCAUUAGCCGUCGCGUUCGCCGCCAUCUUGGCCGCCACCAGACACCGCAAAUGCGCGCUCUUCUAAAUAAGGAAAGGAAAAGAAAUCGACCAUGCGAUACGCGUUAUUAUACGCAUUACGGCCGAUCUAUUUUCGAAACGUAAUUCUUUCGUUCCUUUUUCCUUUUCGUAUCGCGCGAUUGAAGAGCGACAUGUUAUCUGAUACGGGAACACCCGUUGCGCGACUACCAUGCGAACGGACGCCAUGUUCCAUCUACUUCGAAUUAUAGAAAAAUCUUUAUUGAGCAUAGUGUUACACAUUACAAUAGUAAUAAUAAUAAUAAUAAUAAUAAUGGUAAUAAUAAUAAUAAUAAUAAUAAUAAUAAUGGUGAGAGAGUAAUGAUAAUCAAUGAUAUACCUUUUUUUCUUCAACAAAUACAAACUAUCACGAUCUGUUACGCUUAAUAAACUUAAAAACUCCUUUUACAAACUUCUGAUUUGUAUCGGCUUGACUAGCAUAUUAGAAGCAUUUAACGUUACAGUUAAAUUGUAAUCAAUUAGAGGAGGAGGAGGAUCGAAAAAGCACGUUUGAUGCGGAUAAAAGGGUUUCUGGGACGGGAACGGGGGGGAGAAGGUUUGUUGGGGAUGGUAAAUUACGAUAUACAAGGUAUUAAAAAAGUCGCUUUCGUAAUAAAUUAGGUACGAUAGAAGAAAUGUACAUUCAUUAGAUCGCUAAUAUCAUUAUUACAAGUAAUUGUAUCGAGGGCUACAAACAUCGUUCUUUUUCCUGACAAUAACAUGCAAGGCUGAUUUGUAC